AUGGUGGACAGCGCGACUGUGGCGACGUACACCAGCGUCAUCAUCAGUGUUUCGGUCAUCGCGUUCUGCGCGUUUUUUGCCGCUUCGAUUUGCGAUGACGUCAAUUCAUUUCUCGAUGACGCCGUCGUUCAAUUCAAAUCCGGACAAGAGCAGACUGAUGAUGCAUGGCACGAGUUGAUCUACAUUGCCGACAAGAAUGUGAAGUCGCCAUUCGGAAUAAGACGCCGGAAACGAGAAGACCUUCCACCUCAUUGCAAUUGCCUCACUGAGAAUCAAUGCCCACCAGGACCACCAGGACCACCAGGACCAAGAGGGCAUGACGGAAAUCCAGGAGAGCCCGGACAACCGGGUCCAAACGGAAUGACUGGACACGAACUUCUCAAAAUGAUGCGCAACGACGACAGCUGCAUAAAGUGCCCAGUUGGACCUCCAGGCCCACCAGGAGAACAAGGAGAAGUUGGACCUCCAGGAGCACAAGGAACCGAUGGUGUUCCUGGACGGAAUGGAAUCAACGGACGACCCGGUCCACCGGGUCCACGAGGAGAUCCAGGAUUGCCAGGACUCAAGGGUAUGCCGGGAAUCCCAGGAAGACCAGGAAUGCCUGGAAUUCGCUACACGCCAGGAGAUCCAGGGCCAGAAGGAUAUCCGGGACCACGAGGACCCCCAGGAAAACCAGGACCAAAGGGUGUUGCCGAAGAGGGACCAGACGGUCUUCCAGGACCGGCUGGACCACCAGGAAAGCCCGGAAUGCCAGGACCAAUGGGAACACCAGGAAAACCAGGAGAACCAGGACUUCCUGGAGCUGACGCGGCCUACUGCCCGUGCCCGAAGCGCGAGGCAUUUGUUGAAGCUUCUGCUUCAGAGCUCGAGGUUCCUGCUUCAACCUACAAUGAGAACAGUCAAGUACGAAAACGUGAGCCGGUAGAACAUCAGCAGGAGCAAACAUACGAGAGUUUCAACUUGCCACAAUUAUAA